AUCAUCAUCGUCAUCCUCAUUGUUGUCAUCAUUAUGAAAAUGUCUAAUGAAUAUUCUUUUGAUACUUAUUGCAGUGUAAUAGCGGGUGUAGGGGAGUUUGAUCUGUCUGGAGAGUAUGUGGAUGACCCGACCCCAAGGUCAGAUGUCACAGGACAGUCAGAUUGUCCAUAUCUUCUCCUUGAUUUGAGGGAGAGAGAAAUAUAUGAGCAGUGCCAUAUAAUUACAGCGGAAUGCUUUCCCACAGCAAUGUUAUCAAGAGCAGUCAACAACUUUACAAAGAAUAUCUUAGAUUUUAAAAACAAACCAGGAAAGAUCAUUGUGAUAUAUGAUGAGGACGAGAGGAAAUCAACCGAUGCAGCGACCACAUUUGUACAGAAAGGAUUUGAUAAUUUAUUUUUACUUUCAGGAGGUUUGAAGGUAGCAGCACAGAAGUUCCCAAAGGGUCUGGUCACCGGGACCCUACCAGCCUCCUGCAUACCACCACCCCCUCCUAAGACAUCCAGGACAGCAAAGAAGGUGAAAGUGAAGACCCCGCCUCAGAUACCGGCCGAUAAAACCACCUUUGCAGCAGAAGAUCUUGAAGGUUUGAGCAAUCAACUGGAUGAGAACCUAAUUCCAAAGGACAGUGGCAGUCGAUUGAGCCGUGCUACUCCCGCAGCCCAACCCGACCCUAAUGCAAAGAUACUGUCUUCAAGAUCUUCCACGUCAAUGACUUCAAGCACAGUGCAUUCAUCACCCUGGAAGUAACCUAGUGUGUCCUUACCUAAAGGCCAGUGCUCACCUUACCACUGAACUACGAUGUGAUUUUGGAUGAAACGGCAUUUUGCAAAUUCUUAUAUCAACAAAUUUUGUGACCCUUCUUGAGAUUCACAAUCACAAUGAUUAUAAGAAUACCGAUGUCAACAUUUUGAUCAAUCGCAAGCUUUUGUGUGCGCUGAUUGCCAAAUAAGCUUAAAAUCGUAGCUGAUUGUGCGAUUGCUACGUAAUCAUAAUCAUUUGAAUUUGAAUUUGCCUUAAUUAUUAUAAGGAGGAACAAGAUAGUCAUUGAUUUCUUCUUAAGUAUCAAAAUGACAAGAACUUUGGACAAUAUAGUAUGUUCCACAUAUUUAUUUUCAUAUGAAAUGUUAUAAUGUUUUGUUUCAAAUUUUAAGAUGUGCGAUUGCCUUUAAUAAGCCAAUCUUGUAAAGACCCUUAAGGACACCGCAUACUAAUUGACCCACCUGCAAGCAGAUUUGAUUACUAGUCAUUUGCUUUGAAUACUUGUUUAUUUAUAAGUCAGUCUUAACCAAGAUUUCAAAGUGAUUAGUGAAAAUACAUUAAGAGAAUUGUAACAAUUGAAUCUAGUUACUAAAGGUUUGAUAUUAAUGUAGGAAUACUGAAAUCUAAAUUUUGUUUUACUUCUAGCCUUUCAUGUAAAGGAAAGUCCAAAUUAGCUUCUAGUAAAUAGUGGACCACCAUUUUGCUGUAGCCUCACUACAGUUUAAAAUUGGGCAUUUUUUUUCUAACAAGACACUCCCAUCAAUCAGUGCAGAGUUAAACAUAAGCAUUUAUACUGAUAUUCAGAAAUUUGGACAUGCUAUUUCAUAUUUGAAUAUUUAUAUCAAAUAUGAUUUUUUUUUCCAAGAUCAGAUUGCAGCUAGUUCAUGUAGUGUGCGGUUUUUGUAAUAUGUAUGGGAUCCUCUGAUUUCGCAUUUAUAAAUGAAAAUAACCCUUUUUCUCUUACAGUGGGAAAAGCCAGCUAUACAAAAUCAUCCCUUCAAUCAUAAGUAAUAAUAAUAUUCUGCUUUUUUUUAUAGAGCUUUAUACAUCGGCACAACGUCUCUAAAGCAUUUGCAUGUUUACCCCAGUCAUUGGUUUCUUGCUUGCCUGCACACAACGAUUGCACUUUCUCCACUCCCUUAGGAACAUUCCAACCAUAUCUUACCUAAGAAGCCAAAUUAACUUAAUUGAACUUCUAUGCAAUAUAAAAUGAAAGUUGAUCUUGGCAACCACAUGUUUGUAUUCAAUCCAUAGUAGCAGUUUAUAUUACAUUUUUAUUACUAGUCCACCAAAAAGAAAUGUCUCUGAAGUAUGUCUUUGAUUAGCACAUUAAACUUAUUUAAUGUUAGAAUUUUAGGUGUAACUAUAACAUUUCCUUCUUAUGUAGAAGUAAUUCAUGUGAAAAAAAGGCUGGUUUCACAAUGUGCGAGAGUAAGUAUACAUGGUGGCUAUUAUGCAUCCAAUGGAACAGUUUUCCCUGUGACACGGUGUAAGUUUGUCUCGCGAGUGAGACAGACGCUGCUUGUCCGACAGCUGCAGCGUCAUGUUUUUUACAUGGCGUCAUAACUCUGCUGGGUGUGUUUCACUAUCAUUUAUGAACUUAUUAUGUGAGAUUUGGACAAAUUAAAUAACUUCUUUGAUUAUUUAGUGAUUAAAAACUAAAAAAAGAAAACAUGAUGUUCCUCUGAAUUUGAGAUACAAGGUCUUUCUUCCCGAAGGACUAUUUAAUAAAGUUCUAGUGAAUUGGGAAUUUUGAUAUGACCUAUCAUCUCUCAUAAUAAUAAAUUUGAAUGAAAUUCUAGUGAAUUCGUAAUUUUGAAGUUCUAGUGACUUUGGACGGCCUAGAUGCUGCUAAAUCAUAUUAAUAAAUUCGAGUGAAAUUUACAUACUUUGACAUAAGUACUUUGCAUUUCAGAAAUUAUUCAUUGAGAUGUGUGAGAGUAUAAAAGGAUUCAUGAAUGGGAAGUACUAUAUAUAUUGAUAUUUGAUAACAUGAAUAGCGUCUUAUCCGUAAUGUUGUGUAUUGGACACAGAUGCAGACACAGUUGUAAGAGUAUUGUAUACUAGUGUAUUUAUUUAUUGCUUCAUUAUCUACCUAAACAAAUGGACAUGGAGAUUGUAAUCUAUUUAUAUACUGACACAGUGCAAGCAAUUGUAAUUAAAUAAAUAUUAUUGUAUUUGAUGUACAUUAUUGUUUAUGUGAGAGUUUUCCUGAAAAGAAAAAAAUAUGCAAUGUAUCUCUCCAUAGUACUUACAAAAGUAGUUUAGAUUAUGCUGUGAUGUGUACUAUCUCAGUUCUCUGUUGGACUAUUCAGAGCCUCAAAAUUGUAUUUAACCCCUAGAGGUUGGAAGACAUAUUCAAGGUUUCUCUUCAUCUUGAAUGUGAGCCGUUGCAUAUGGGAUAUGAUUAGAUUGGGAGAAAUGUACUUAUAUUGAUACCAUUUCCAGUGGAGUAUGCGGCGGCACCCCUGAAUAAAAAGCCAUUUACAUGUCGGGGGGGGGGGGGGGGGGGGCGUUUCAUGAAAGGACUUGUCGGACGUUUUAUCCGACAAGUCCCAUUUUAUCCGACAGUUACCAUAGUAACAGUACCUCUUAGCCAAUCAACAUCAGAGAAAGAUGUCAGAUCUGACAACUUGUCGGAUGAAAAUGCUCCCCAAACUAAUCAUUACACACCGACACACAUCGACAACUUGAUUAAAACAGCAAAACUAUUCUUUAGAAAAUAGAAAUUGGUAACUUAUUCUUAUCAAUCAAUUACUGUUAUUAAAAGCGAAUAGUUGACAUAGACUGAAAAUAAAAUAGAAACUAAAAUGAUGAAAUAGAAAUUUGUCUGUUAAUGGACUCUUGAAUUGUGCCACGGGUGGGGGGGGGGGGGCUUUCUUUGGUUUAAUUAUACCUCGCUACCUCAGUACCAAAGGUAUUAAAGUUGGGUUUUUUUCCCCUUUGUUUUCACCAUAUUCAAGUUAACAAUGAUUCAAUAUAUUAGGGUCAUGUCUUACAAUGGGUUGCUGCGAUUGAUUUAAAUUAAACUCAAACGGAUAUAAAUUUGGAUCAACCUCAUUUUGAGUUUGGUUAAUCAGAACUCCGGGUAAGAAGGGGAUCUUGAUUUGGUAUGCAUAUGGGGAUGAUGAUGAGAGUAUGACAAUCAUUUUGUGUUGCAAGGUCAAAGGUCAUAGAAGUCUUCAGAUUUGUAUCAAUCCAAAUAUGGCCGAGUCAUUGGGUGAUUUCAAGUUCAGUGUUGACCUUUUGGUGUUGGUGUUAGGUCGAUUUUUACACGAUUAUAACACCAAACAUAAAAUGAAGAUGGUCCUGAAAAGUCACUCACAAGUUGUUGAGAUGUCAAUAAUGUGAUCUUGAUCAGUUUUACAAACUCUGAAUAAGUUUUGGAGCAAGGGGAAGCAAUCCAAAUUUCAACACCAACACCAAGGCAGGACUUGAAAUCACCAGUUGUACGUGUGCUUCUUCAAGUCACCGUCUUAUCCCAGGAUUUGUCUAUGUGUUUACUUAGGAUUAAUAUUUGUGAUUAAAGUGAGAGGUAAGCAUAGUGCA